CGGGAGGAAAGGAGGGGAUCGAAGCUUAUCAGAGCAUAUGACGCGCUCGACAUUAAACUUUAGUAUCCAGAGUGUCUUGUCAGUGAAUUCUUGAAGUUAUUAAAUUAAUGAGCUAGAGGCGUUUGUUCACUUCUUGAUCAUCAUCUAGGUAUUGAUCAAAAGACCGAAUCUUUAAAAAUGAGCAAGUGGAUAUUUGUGAGCCUGGUCCUGGCUCUCGGAAUAAAAGACAUCAGCGCAGGAGUUCCUCUGAUGGCUAUCGCACCUAUGGUUGAAGCCGGUCGAGGUCUAAUCAACACCAUAUUGGAAGACAUAGCGCCGGGUCAUAACCAAAUCAAAGAUCCAUUCGCUCUAAGCAAUGAAACUUUGCAGUCAAUCGAAAAAAUAAACAAGUAUAUACAGCAUCACGACAAAUUGAAGAACGAAACUCUGAUAUUCAUAAAGGAAACCGAGGACCAGGCGGCAAACGUCAAUCAGCGAUUAUUUGAGAUAGACCAUAUUGCCGAUGAAGCUUUGAAUCAUACGGAAAGAACCAACUUGAACUUAAACAAAGUUUUGAUAAAGUCGCAAUACGUCCUGGAUGAACUUCCAAAGAUAACAGCUACCAUCGAAACCAAGGUUACCGAAUUGAUGAACAACUUGGCUGAUAGACUUAAAGUCGAAAGUAAGUUCAGGAAAUCCACAAGCCUGCUCGCUGAGGCUUUGAGGAGAAUUCAGAAUAUGUAUGAUGGGUACAUAGAAAAUCUUAAUCCCAAGACUCCCUUGACGCCCAUGACCUACGAGAAUCUCUUUAAUACUACCUUAUCCAACGGUGCUGAGGAAAUUUCUAACAGCCUUUCUGCGAUAGAGAAGAUGCUUACAACCAAGGAAUCUGUUCUGUACAAUGGGUUCCUCGAUGCCUUCAAUAAAAAGGGAAAGAUAAUGUCAUUUGAAGAAAGAUGCGGUUUGAGUGACACUUACCAGAAUCGUCUCAAGCGCAUUUAUAACUUGAUCUCCAUCAACGAGUACCGUGCCUUAGUGAUGCUGACUAUUGCCCACAAGUACUUCGAAACCCAAAAAAAUGACAGAUCAGCAAAGAAUGAUAUACUUACAAAUUUCCGUCAGUACGUCAACAGGGCUACAAACCAUUUGGUCGCGAUGAAAAAAGCGAUGGCAUUUGCAUCUACGGAAAUCAUCGAAUGCGAUCCUCCUGAGUACAUGCUGGACAUCAACACUUUCUCCUUGACAAAUUUGUUCAGCAUAAUCUACUUGAGUACCGACCAGAUUGGUAACCGCUGCUCUCGAUCAUGCCCGAAAAUUGAUACUGUCAACAAACUCGCCUGCAAGAAAGAUGUCAGGAACAAAGACGCUUUGACAGUUAAAGAAUAUUGUCCGAAGCAGCAGUGCAAUGGUCGGAUCCACAAUUGCGAAGUUAAGAAUUACUAUGAAUUCUGCGAAGCGCACGAAGGCGCAGCGACGAGGUAUCAUUGGAUCGAAAGUUUAACGGACAAAAGCAGCCGUAUGAAUUGUGAUGGACGUUGGGUCGACACUAUGAAGGAAUCCAAGUGCAUUGAGUGUUUGUGUCAAUGCUCAGCAGAAGGAGCUGAAUCCACCGCAACUAGGACCAUCAGUUUGAUUCCUCAAUUCACUGAUGUCGACAAUAACAUGGUCGUCUCAAACAUGAGGCUCCGCAAGAAGGACAACGUGGUCCACGUCCAAAUCGAAGAAGCUCGUCUUCUACCGGGAGGAGAAAUAGACACGAGUACUCGCCGUUGGGUCCCGUUAGAUGACCUGGUCUACCGGAAAAACACUCCAGAAGGUGGAUUCUGGAGGGUCAAAGGACCGGAGCAAAUUGGGCUGAUUUUCAAUGAAGACUACACCUUCUUGAGCAACGAGAAAAAAAGCUUGUAUCUGGAUGAAAUCGUUGUGGGAAAGGACUAUGUUGUAACUGGAGCGAGGUUCAAGAACGCCUAUGAGAAUUCUCAGUUAGGAACUCCGAACUUGAGCGCUAUUCAGCUUGAAAUAUUCAAGACCAAGUUUGUGUACCAAAAUGGAACCUUGUCGAAGGAUAAAAAAGAGCAGCAUAUUUCUGUGAUUGCUAACAACAACACGCAGUCUCAACAUAAUAAUGCUUAUAGCAAAGCUCGAACGAAGACUUUACUGAAGAAUUUGAGGCUUUCAACGGAAAGCAACAAAAAUACGGAAUUGUGGGAGCCAAAUACAGAAUUCGAGUUCAAAAUGACGGCAAGGGUUGGAUAUGGAAAAGGAGUAAUUCCGUUCUUUGAUGCACGUCCGGCGACCAAGCAAAGUCAAGUGCCACUCAGUGGGAUGGGAAUUGUUUAUCGUAAUAGAAAAGGCUACGGAGGAUAUAUUUCGCCAAAGCUUAUUGGACUUAAUCACGCUGAGUAUGUUAUCACUAAAUUGACUCCCGAGGAGAAAGAGAGGUUAGAAAGGGACUUUUUGGAUAGUGCUGAUAAAUUGGGUAAAGGGAAUGCACUUGGGUUUACCAGUAAUAAUAGUGAAGAUGAAUCUGAUGUGAAUGCACUGGAUAAUUAAUUAGUAACUGGCAAUUCCUAGCUAAAAUAACUUUAUGUAACUACUUUUAGUAAACAAUAAACAUGAUGUAAACUAA